AAUCAUAAACUGCUAAACUAAGUGUGUAUUCUUUCAAUGAAUUGUUCACCCGCAGUCCACAGGGACUGAAGAUGGAAAUUAGCCAUGGACUGUAAACUUGUACAGGCUCAGUUUAUUUCUUGUCAAAGAAGAAGCAGGAAGUGACGUGCCCGGGGAGCCCGAAGGUGCGACAGGAAGUAACGCUACAGAAUCAAGAAUGAAAAGUGAAAUGAGCGACGUCGCUCGAGGUCGCGCGGUCGUCAGCGUGAUGGAGCCGGCGGAGCUGCUGCUGAUCAAGGACCAGUACGAGCUGGCCUUCCGCUGCCUGAGCCGCGGCCUGACGCUGGACGAAGGCGGCGAUGGCUCCGAGGCCGCCGAGUACUACCGCAAGGGCCACCAGCACCUCAUGCAGGGCCUGGGCGUGCCCACCGGGGGGCCGCGUCACCGGGGGCCGCUGUGGGAGCGAGCCCGCGAGCUGCAGCGGAGAAUGCGGGGCGCCCUGGCCACCGUCAGCGCCCACCUCUCCGCCCUGGACGCCUCGCAGGCGCCCCCUCCCGGCCAGAGGCGGCGGAUGCUCAUGGAGCUGACCCCCGGCCUUUACCCCGUGCAGCACCUGUACCCCUCCAUCCCUCCGCUCCUCCCGGCGAGGAACGCGCAGCCCGCCAUGUCCCAGCCGCCGGUGUACUCGCCCCGGCCCGCCGAAGGCCACCGCAGUCUGGCCGGCGGACCGAGCUCGGCGGCGUCGGAGAGCGCCAGCGAGCUGCUCCUCAUCCCCGCCGGCGUGCAGAUGUUCUUCGUGGCCCCCGGCGGGCAGGUGAGCGCCCUGUCGCACCCCGGAUACCUUCGCAUCGUCAGCUUUGACGCCCAGCCGCCCGAUGAGAGGGGGCCCGUCUUCCUGGAUGUGUGCGGCUGGCUGCACUCGCUCACCCGGCACACGCCGGUGCUGCUGGCCCCCUCCGGCAUCUUCAUGCUGCCGGAUAAGCUGGCACCCGUGCCGGGCGCCUCUGUCGGCGUGGUGCUGUCGUCGCAGCUGCCCGCCGCCGACCGAGAAAUGUUCCGGGACCUCAUGACGCAGCUGAGUGACUUCAGGGUGCAGAGUCCCGACAGCGUGGGCUCCGAGGUCGUCAGCCUGAGUGAGACGGUCCCCCUCGGUCCUCAGGUGGUGUUUCCCGAGAAGGGGGUCAAAGCGCCUCUUCCGACUUGGAGUGAGAAGAUGGGCCAGGGACUCAUGACAGGGGCGACGCGGUUGGGCCACGAGGUGGUCAGAGGGGCCGAGGCCACCACCAGGGUCAUUCAGAAGGGGGCGCUGAAGAUCCGGGACCGGCUGACGCCCGAGGACACGCCCUCCGAGGUCAGCCCGCAGGUCUCCAAGGGCCUGCAGGUGGCCAAGCAGGCCACCGGGGGCGCCUUGCGUGUCAGCCAGCACUUGGUGGACGGUGUGAGCACGAUGGCGGAACAUCUGGCGGAGAAGGUGGCGCCUCACGUGAAGAAGCACGGGGCCAAGCUGAUCCCGGAGUCCAUGAAGAGCAAAGAGGGCGAGCCGUCCAAUCUCGAGGGAGCCAAAUUUGUGGCCGCCAGAAGCCUGCUAGGCUUCACCACCGUGUGGACCAGCCUGGAGACGGGAGCCAAGCUGGUGGGCAAGAGCGUGACGUCCGAAACGGUGGCCACGGUGACCUACAAGUACGGCAACGACGCGGGCCAGGCCACCGACACGGCGCUGCGCUCGGUGACCGACGUGGGCGUGACGGCGUACAACGUGGACAACUUGGGCCUGAAGGCCAUCCUGAAGACCACGGGCAAGGAGAUGGCCAAAGGCAUGAUGAAGAGCUCCAAGGGCGCGGAGGCGGACAAAAGCCACGAGUGGACGCCCGGCACAUCGCAGGGAGGGCAGGCCGCCACCAUUGACAACAAGGACAAGGAAGUGCAGAAAGACAAGGUGGACGAGGGCAAAAAAGACACUUGAUAGAUAGAAAGCCAGACGUUGGACAUUUGGAAAAAAAAAGCUUCAAAUCGGGGGCGGAAUAGAAUUUCAGACUGUCUCUGAAGGCAGCAUCUGACUUAUUUAGAUGAUGUAUAGGUAGGCUGCUCGGACCAGUAUUUGGACAGACACACACAAAUAGACAUAUGAAGAUAGUUAAGACAGGCGCUUUGGAAACACAGAUAGAUAGUAGAUAAAUAAAUAGAUAUAUUGGAUAGAUGACUAUCUUUGUAAAAGCAGAUUUGAUUGUAUUGGAUCACGUUUGAUUGUGUACCGAGUCAGUGGACGCAACUUUCGCUAUAAUUAUAAAAAAAAAAUAAUAAUUCAACAUUGCUUCAUGAACAGUGUUUUAAAAAAAAAAAAAAAAAAAACAACAACAACAAAACAAAACAUUAUCCUUUCACCUUAAUAGCCAAAUGAUUAUUAUUAAAGUCAUAUAAAUUGUUCAUAAUCUAUGGUUAAUUGUCUUAAUUUUGCGCCACUGCGCGUUUCUCUGACGUUGCUUGGGGGGGGGGGCAAUCGUAACUAAGAGGGUUAUUGCCUUUCACUUCCGGUUUCGCUUGGGAGCCAAACAGUCAACCAAACGACUACCGAGUCUUUUGGUAACAUUUCCUUGCGUAAAGUGGAACUUUUGAUUGUUUUAGUCUGUCACUGCUUCUAAAGUGAAUAAACUCACUAUAAAUGAUUAA